AUGUUCGAGCGGCUCGAUUUCUCCAAUUUUUAUAGCACCAAUACCGCUGAGCGGGAGGGCUUUUGCCGUCAAUUGGUGUCGAGUUUGAAGCAGUUUGGCUUCGCUAGAUUGGCCAAUAUUGGCAUUCCGCCAUCAGAUAUCGACGGAGCCUUUGAGACAAGUCGAGAGUUCUUCCAGCUGCCUUUGGACCAGAAACUGAAAUCUCCGCACCCUCCCACAGCAACUCCCCACCGAGGUUACAGUGCAUUCGGCAUUGAGAAUGUCUCUGCCGUCUCAAACCACGGCACGUCUGUACCAAGGCCCCUGCUGAAAGAUAUGAAGGAAUCAUAUGAUAUUGGAUCGCCACAAGAUGCACUCUAUGGCAACAUAUGGCCGCCACCCGGGGUGCACGACGCAUUCCAGCCCACUUUCACAUCAUUCUUUUCAAGUUGCUAUCGCGCUGAACUAGCCAUCCUUGAAGCCAUUUCCGUUGGCCUAGGGCUCCCCAGGCAGACUCUGAGCCAACUGCAUUCCGAGCAGUCAAACGAAUUGCGCUUGACGCAUUAUCCUGCCGUACCACGUGGCGAAUUCUCCCACUCGACUCGCAUUGCAGCUCACACUGAUUUCGGCACCAUUACAUUAUUGUUCCAAGACGACGUUGGUGGAUUGCAAAUGGAACUGCCGUCCGGAAGUGGUGAAUUUGUUGAUAUCGAGAGUGGAGGCCGUUACGAGUGUAUACUCAAUGUGGGAGACUGUCUGCAGAUGUGGACCGGAUUAUGCAGCGCUCGGCAUCGCGUACACUUGCCUAGCUUAUUAGCGCAGGAAGAUCAGACGGGACCAAUGCAAGAUACGGUAGCGGAACGCUUUUCCAUUGCGUAUUUUGCGAAGCCCAAUCGAGCGGCGAGUUUACGCCCACUGCUACACGACACAGCGAAAGCAAAAGACGUGUCAUUUAUGACAGCGGGCGAGUUUCAACAUAUGAGGAUCUCAGGAACAUACUAG